AUGUCGUCUAUACUGCGAGGCAUCAAGGAGCUGCGCGAUAUGCGCAAGGAGAUGAAGCAGAGCAUAGCGGACGGGACAUUUGGCCGCUUCUCGGACGACGACGACAACGACGGAAUGGCCGUCCCGUCGGCACUAGACCUCCGAACCGAGUCCACCAACCCCUUCAUUCAGCUCGUCAUGCCAGGCUACGAGCGGACCCUGCGCGAGGCCCCGCACGACUGGACCUCCGACCCGCUGAUAACCUCGUCCGAACCGGUCGCCUACGAACCCCUGAGCGCGGCCGACUGCCAGAUCCGUGUGCUGACCCUCCUGACGGCCGAGGAGAGCGGCGGCGGGGAAGGUAACGCGAGCGCACCGAUCCGCUGCUCGCUCGAGACCGUCAGCCUGCUCGCGCCGGCCGUCGAGGGCUACACGGCGCUCAGCUACAUGUGGGGCGGCGUCGAGGGCGAGACGAGGACGAUCGCGGUGGACGGGCGGCUGUUCCAGGCGACGCCGAACCUGCACGCGGCACUGCGGCAGCUACGGAACAGGGGGUACAGAAGGCUGUGGAUCGACGCCGUGUGCAUCAACCAGGCGGAUCGGGAGGAGCGGUCUCAGCAGGUCCUGCAGAUGCGGUCCAUCUACGCCCGCGCUGCCAAGACUGUCGUCUGGCUCGGGCCAGAGUCGGGAACUAGCAACUUGGCCAUGCAUCUGCUCAAUGUGCUGUCGGAGCCGGGGGAGUUUGGAAUGGGACAGAAAAGGUGCUACAGGGAGGCUGUCAAGGGGAGGUAUUUGCCCGAGGUGAGGGAGGUUGCCGGUGAUGAUGAGCAGCAGCAGCAGACGACGAUGGGUGCUCCGAGCAAUGGGUUGGAUGAAGGGUUGUACGCCGACGCGUGGCUGGCGUUUGAUGAGCUGUUUGACCGCGAGUACUGGCGGCGCAUGUGGAUCAUCCAGGAGAUCACCGUGUCUCGAGAGAUUGACAUCAUGUGCGGAUUCGAGAUUAUCAGCUGGAAGAAGCUGGAGAUGGCGUUUUGGGGAGCACCGGACAAGAGGUUGAAUCCACUGUUCGACCCCACGAUUGGCGUCGACUUUAGUCGCCCACCGAGACGUACGGGAGAGAUGUUUGACUUUUGGGGUUGGAGAAAGGCGAUUGCCGGUGGCCAGCCCAAGGCGCUGUUGAAAGCGAUGUUGGACUGCGGGUCAUCCAAAGCUACAGAUCCGAGAGACCACAUCUACGCGUUGCUGGGAAUCACCAUGGACGGGUCUAUUCUUGUGCCUGUUCCGAAUUACGCACUCCCCGUCGCAGAGGUCUUUACCUCUUUAGCAACGAGCAUGAUUGAAGCCAGCGGCAAUAUUGAUCUGAUAUGUCUGCAACCUCGAUCAGGAAAGAAAAAGACAGCAGGACUCCCCUCAUGGGUUCCCGACUGGGCUGACCUCGCCGACGUCGAUCGACCAUACGCACACGAUAUGGCUUUGCAACCGGGAGACAAACUCCACGAUCCCAACAUUCAACUCUUCAACACCAUCUCCGAAGGCGGGUACAGGAUCCUGACCAAGAACGGCAUCCUCUCGUGCUCCGGCAGGCUGUACGACAUCAUAGACGGGCUCUCGGGCACCCUCACCGCCGACGGCAAGCCCAUGGACGGCGAGGACAUGGGUAUCGUGCAGCCCGACAACCCCACGACGUGCUACCCGGGCGUGCUGGCCACCGCCGAGGCCAUCCAGCAAUCCCUCCACCAGCUGCUGGACUGGACGCGCGAGGUGGCUGGUCGCGACUGCGCCGACGUUCUCAGCAGCUGCUGGCUCGAGGACCGAGGGCUCCCGCUGCUGCUCAAGACAAAACACGGCGCGUUGGGCCGCUGGCUCGAAGCGAACCGGGAUUUCGUGGUGGGCAGCGUGGAGCUGGGCCGGUGGCUGGACAUGCACCACGGCGGCUACAAGGGCCUGAUCAACCGGGUGCGCACGCAGUCGCGGACGGCGGCCAGGCAGCAGCUGUUUGAGAAGCGUGCGGACCGAUGGAUGGGCGAGGCGGAAGAGGUGUUGAAGUCGGGCAUGAGGCUGAUGACGACGGCCAGGGGUCGCGUGGGCAUGGCUCACCCGCAGGCGAGAAAGGGAGACCACAUCUGCUUCAUGGAGGGCAUGGACACGUUUGUCAUUCUUAGACCGUACGAAGGUACGGCGGAGGAAAAGGCAAACAGGGAGGCGAUGGAGAGAGAGUUGAGGUCACAGAGGUACAACAAGGGACUGACGGCCGAGACGAGGUUCUCGGAGGGGUAUCAGGUCGUGGGGGAGGCUUAUGUCAAAACGCUGGUGGAUAACAAGACAGGGGUUGAGGACUACUCGGCUUGCACCUUUUUUACUUUUUUUAUCCAUUAAGAGAAAAGCCCCUUGUCCAUGGGGAGGGCUCGGGUUUGUACCAAAACAAAAGUUGUUUAUGCUUAUUAGGGGGGCAAAGUCUACUAUGGCAUGAGAAAACAAUACCAG